CGUCAAUCGACGUCUAUCUGUCAAUGUCAGUUGUGUCAGUGAAUUUGCGAUGAAAGAUGUUUAUAAUUUUUAUGGAAUAAAUAAUCUUGAUUUGUGUAUUUUAAAGUUUUGAUACGCGCAGUUUUUUCCAAAUUUGAAAAUCAUCGGCAGAUAUAGAUGAAGUAUCCGUACCAAAUUAAGGGAACAAAUUUGGAUGCCAUGUGACUAGUAAUUUGUCCAAUUAAUAGAUUUCAGUAUGAUCUACAACUGCUUAUUGGGAUUGGUGUUCACUGCAUUGUUCGACAAAGGCCUGGCUGAAAUUUACGCUAUUAAAUAUGAAUCUCAAUUUUAUCACGAGGAAUUUGCUGAUAAACCAGCCCUAUUUGGACCGAGUCUUAAGGAUAUAGCUUUGACCGGCAUGUUGAUAGAAGCAAAUCGCUCAGAUGGUUGCGUACCCAUCGUCCCACCACCUAACAUAGAUAACGACGUAGGGAAAUGGAUAGCGUUGGUGAGAAGGUCCUCAACGGAGUACAAGAAUUGUACCUUCGAGAUGAAGGUCCGCAACGCGCAGGCGGCAGGAUACAACGCUGUCAUUGUCUACAAUGUCGGCUCCGAUGAGCUUAUCCCGAUGGGGGCCAACAACUCGACAGGCAUUUACAUACCUGCUGUGUUCGUGGCUGAGAAAAGCGGGUUGGCUCUGUUAGAUAAAUAUGCCAACAACCCAGAAUACUUCAUUGUUGUUAAUGGAGAUUCGCCGUUUGAUUUACCGACUCAUUUACUAGUACCGUUUUCUAUCGCUAUUGGUAUAUGCUUUAUAGUUAUGGUUGUUUUUAUGAUAUGGAAAUGCAUAAAAGAUAGAAGACGACUAAGGAGAAAUAGACUGCCGAAAUCUGUAUUAAGACAAAUCCCGCUACACAAGUUCCAGAAGGGUGAUCCCUUCGAUACAUGUGCCAUUUGUUUGGACGAUUACGUGGAAGGAGAAAAAUUAAGAGUUCUUCCUUGCAACCAUGCAUACCAUAUGAACUGUAUAGAUCCAUGGUUGACGAAAAAUCGACGAGUAUGUCCCAUAUGUAAACGUUGUAUUUGGGGCAGCAAAGAAAGACGUUCGGAAUCGGACAGUGACGAUACAGAUACUGACGAUACUUCCCCGUUAAUCAAUCCUCGAAACAAUACUACGCAGGGAGGCACUUUUCAAGAACAAUCUGAAAAUCCAUUCCAAAGAGCUAUUAGGUCCAUUUCUCAAACAUCUGGAGCGGCUACGACGAACUUCGUGACGGCGUCCGGCCAUCAUAGCAUCAACGGAGACUACCAAAGUCUUGACAGUAGUGCAGAAGUGACUACUAGCACCUCAACCUCAGAGACGUUCAAUAGUGUUAGCGACAUGCACAGCAUCAAUCCUUUCGAUGAAGUGGAUGUUACAGUUCUUCAAGCGGACGCUGUUAGUAAUAAUUCCAGUUUGGACGGUGUGGUUUACGCGUAACUGUUGGUUUUGGCGAGGUAGUAGCUGCGUACGGUGGUUUACGAUUGAACAUGAUGUGUUUUGAUAAACAACUAGAAGGGAUUGCAGUUGUUCCAAGUCUUCAUGCAUGAAAAGUCAUAGUGCUUCGUCGAAAAACAGCCGUUCGGGUCUCAGUAAGAUAUUAUAUGCUUAGGAUUCAUUAUUUGUUUGCGUAUGCCUAUUUAUACAUACAUGAUACUUUGGAACAACGUGUCUUUCUAUCUGAUGCCAAAGAAUUCAUUCGGUAUUUUUAAAAAUUGGUUCUUAUAACACUUAUUUUGGACAAGGUGGAUAUUUAAUGGUACAUUUUAUAGUGCAAAUCCCAAACCACCAAUAGUCCAGAAAGCCACUGCGCACCCGCUAGGAAAAAUAUUCUAAUUCGUAUUUUUUGCACAAUCUUACUCAAAAAGGACUCCUUUUAACAA